AGGUUUCUGAUGGAUCAGCAUCAGUCUGCCCGUGUUGCUGCUGUUGCCUUCCCCAAAAAUAUAAAAGCCAAAAUGUUGCUAUUGGCCCAGUUGUGAAUAAGUACGUAAUUGCUUAGGCUGACUUCUUUUUGAAUUUUGAUAGAGUCGUAGCUUACGCUCAUGUAGCAGGGGUAAAUUGUAAGCCUUGAUUCUUGUUUAUUUGCUUUCUUUCGCGAUCAUGACAAUGAAGAUUCGCGCCGUUCAACAAUUUUUGGGUAAGUUUAAGUUCGAAAUAAGUAACUGGUAUAAAAAGGCUAAAACUAUCACUAACUACGAAGCAACUUUGCUCUUCUAGAUCUACAUCUACCCAUUUUCGCUAAUACCACGCCCCACUUCGUUGAAAAGUAAUAUAUUAACGAAGUUGCCUUAUCGACAACCUAGGUAGUCGUAGUAUACCUUCUACUUCUAGUUCUCACAAUGACAAUAAUUCUCCUAGAAAGAAAAUGACUCUUUCUCCCUUCAGCACCUUCUGCAUCAAGAUGAAGAGCUUCAUCUUCCUCUUGCUCAACACUGCCACGCUUUGCCAUGGGUUUUUUCCGCCCAAGCUUAUUCUACCCGGUGAGCGCGUAAUCAUCCCUACAUCUUCGUCGAAUGAAACUACGGGUGGCGUCGAUCUCGUCACCGUUUCAUCAUCUGGCGUUGUAGAACAGGUUUUGGCAGUUGCCACAACACAGAGUAAAAAGGAAUCGUCCAAAAGUUCUGAUGACUAUGAACUGGAAGUACCAAGUACGCUUCGGCCAGUAAAAAACCUCCGCUUCCGCUCAAAAGCCUCCACCGUUUAUGGAAGCGGAAUUUCAACAGGCCGUCAAGCUCAAGCAGAAGAUGUUUUGGUUCCGACGACCCUCCUCGCCCGAGAGGUCCUGUUCCUAGAGGCUGAUAAAACAGUAUAUAAACCGGGACAGACCGUACGAUUUCGGGCUGUGACUAUGGAUCGAUUGUUGUCUAAACCAAUUGAUCUCAGUGCAGGAGGUGGGACGUAUCACAUCAUCAUCGAAAUCCGCAAGGUAAUUGAGUCAAGCAACGAGCAGCUCCUUGUGGCGAAAUUGAAGAGCCUGGCUGCUGGUGUGAAAAAGACGACUCAGAGGACUCCUUCUGUGAGUUCUCCUGUGAAUUCAUCUUCUGAAGGAGAAGGUUCGAAUACUAGCAACUACACCAACAGCUCAAUUCCAACGAGCUCAUCAAUUGUGAGUCCACAAAACGUCGUUGGAGGUGGAGCAAGCUAUGGCGUUUUUGACAACAGCGAAGACAUGGUUUAUCCUUUAGCCGCGUCUACUUUUGGGACAUCAGAUACUGGGGAAGGCAGCAAAGAAAGCUAUUCCGCAGUUGCGAAACUCCUGUACACGUCGAUAACGCCUUCUAGUUCUAACUCGACCUCCUCGAGGUCGACGAGCUCGACAAGAAGAACAUCAAAUACAGACCAAGAAGAUUUUUACAACCUAGUGGCUGCGACGUCCAAUGUGCUCACUUUCACUGUUGAGGAAUACGUUUUGCCGACUUUCAGUGUUGGCCUCGAUUUGGAAACAACGAUGGUCACGAAGGAUUUUACAGCUCCAAUUCGUGGCUUCGUUUCUGCCAACUACACGCAUGGGAGCGCCGUGAAGUGCCAUGAGGGGAAGAUGCAGGUAGAAGUGGUACGGAAAUGCCCUACAUUCGGCUGGGGAUGGUACUGGUCGCCUUGGUUUGGCACUUUCGACGGGCGUAGAAGAAGCCGCGAAUUAUCAAUGCCUUAUCCGGGAGGGGCAAGCUAUAGGAGAUGUGACUCUACUGAACUAUUAUUGUCUAUGGAUGUGGUGCAGCAGCAAGAAAGUGUGUCUACAGAAAAUCAAGAUGUUGAGAAGCGGUUUCCAUUUUCGAUCUCACUUGAUACGCAGAUCGCGUCUUCUGGGUCAGCAACUACACCAUCUGGAUCUUCUUCUGGAGCUGGAGUAGCAGCUGCCAUGCCUGCUGGAGUGUCUUCCACCACUACGACGACACUUCGCGACUUACUAAAAGCUUCGGGAGGUUCUUCUGCGAAGGUUACAGGCUUCACAUUGAACGCAAAGUGUCGGGAUAUAGCUUCAGGAGAUACCAGGAGUUCCAGCACAGCGGACGUGAACCUGAUGUCUACUGCAGUUCGGGUGCUGAGCGAGGAAUCGUUUCGACCUGGUCUGCCUUUGCGGGUGAAGGUGGAGAAACUCUCUAUUGUGAAAACAACAACAGUUGUUGAUGGCAGCAGCACGACUAUUUCUUCCAAGCCGCCUGAAGUGAAACUACGUGUGGAGCAUCAGCAUUAUUCUUGGCGCAUCCCACGCAAGUAUACCGAAGUAGACUUGACUCCUUUCCUUGUAAAAAAGCAAGACGUGGCGUCCAUCCCAAGAAGCGCAAGAGCUACGUCUCCAGCCAGCAGUGGUGAUGAUCAUAAAACAACAGUGGUCUGGACACUUGGACUUGCUGCAGUGAGCGAGUCUACUUCUCUUUCUACAGCAGAAAGUAAGGCCUUUUCCAUCCCAAUUCCGGCAGAAGACACUAGCUGCUGCAAUUUGACUGAGCAAGUGGCUCCUGGCUGGAGGAUUUCGGGAACAGCAGACGACUACUGGCGUUGUUGCAUUCAAACGGUCAAUAGCUACGUGACAGUAGACGGUCAGACAGUCUACGACGCACCAGCGGACGGAACUAGCGUUGACGAAAAUGCACACUCAGCAUGUGCUUUGCGGGAGUAUUCGAGUACUGGAGGAUACAUGCUGGCGAGUAGUGUCCCUUUUGGUGAUGAAGACGAGGAGAUUUCUACAUCAAACACAUCCGCAAUAAAUAAGACAAUAUUUUUCCUGGCUAAUUCGUCCACAGCCGACACCUCAUCAUUCAUCGUGAAUUUCAAAACAACUUUAGUAACCAAACCGAUGUCUGCAAGUGUAAUACUUGUUUCGGUUCCUCAAGCCAAUACAUUGAUGUCUACUUCGACGACCACCAGGAGCACGAAAAAUGCAGCAACCUCUCCAGUUGUACCCGUGAAUCUAUCACCAUCCAAGAUCUUGGCCACUUUUUCCAAUGUUUCCUGCUGUGAUUCCUUUAACACAAGCAGCGACAUAGUGGAAAUACACGAAAUAGCCCAAGAACAGUCGUAUUAUUACGGCUAUGGCCCAGACACGACCACCAGCACUACUACAACGACUACCAUCGCAAGUCCAUUGCUGUACUCGGUAACCUACGGCUUUGGAACCCUCAACAUCACGGACCUCGUGGUUAGUGCCAUAGCUAGUGGAGCAAGUGCAAGGUCUUCGUCAGCCUCAUCCUUGUUAACAUCGUGGUCUUCUUCCUCUUCGAAUUCAACAACCUCAACAACACUGACGAAUAUGCCCUCUGGUAUUGUGGCUAUUGUUACACUGUUUGAAAACAAGGACUUGACUCCCGCAGACGUCGAUGGUAGAAGAAAAGCAAGUGGUCAGGCAAUGUUUAGUCUCAACAUGUCAUCUACCCUAUUAGAAUCGACGUCUUUUGGGUCAAUAACUGCAGCUUGGUACCAGCAAAUGUCCUCGCGGCUGAGGAACACUUCGGAUAUUACUGCCAAUACUUCUACUAGUACGAGUACCGGCCUCGGCAUAAAAAUCACACGUGCCUUUCCUGGAGAUGAUGUUUCUUUCCGGCUCACUGAAGAGGGUAGAACAACUACUGGUGCACUAGCAGCAGCAUCCUCUUCUUCUUCCACAAGCAGCUCCUGCAGUUCUAGUUCUUACAACAAUAGCAACUCCGACUUACACUCAAAAUCCACACCGCCUAGUUCUAGUACAACUUGCGACGCAGGAGGAGCAACAAAAGUGUAUUAAGGCUGUACCCAAUAUUACAUCUUUGGGCGUAUCCUUGAAACGUAGGUAUGGAGGAGUAUCCUAAGGGAAUGCUCUCCCAUACUUUUCAAGGAUGCACUUGAAAGAUGGACUACGGACAGCUCUAAGUGUAUGUCUCAACCCAAGAUCGCGCAGUGUCGUUGAUGACUAGCGGAGGGAGGAACACGCUACAUGGACAAACCAUUAGCCGACAUUUAGAGAAUUUAUUGCCUGGAUCUACUUCACCUUCUGAGAGUGUUUCAUCUGCCUCUUCUUCGUCGCCAACUAGGACUUCUUCAGGAGUUUUCUCCCUGCCUAUGACGCCAACUAACUUGUGCCGGGAAUUGCACGACGAAGCACGCAUUUUGUUAGGACUUGGAAUUUCAAACAACAUAGAAUCGAAGGGAGCUUUGGGUGCUGCAUUAGAGCUCUGUCCUGCGAUCAUACCUGUUGGCUACUGCUCGGGAGCUGUGUCGAUAUACACGAUGAAUCGGAAUGGAGGUGGAGAUAUAGCUCUUGGCGUCACGACAGCAGUCGCAGAAGCAGCACCUGUUGCAGGAGCUCCUUCUUCUGUCGACACGGCUGUCGCUGCAGAUGGCGGAUCAAAUAUUACGGCAUACCGAGUAGUUACAACAAUUACAUCCCGCACGACUACCUUCCUUAUCCUUGGGCUUGGCUCUUAUUUUCGUAUAAGAAAAGAAGCCAGCAGGAGGGAUCAUGUCAUGCUAAGUAGGACGAGUGUAAUUCUACUGUUUUAGUCUCUAAGAACUCAGCUAGUUCUUCUGGCUCUCUUGCUCAGCAAAACCGACUGCGUUCCUUCUUCCCUGAAACCUGGUUGUGGACUAGCUUUGAUACAUCAAAUCCUAUUCCUAGUCCUACUGCUCGAGAAAACCCGAACAGAUUCAGAGCACCAGAUUCUCUCACGACGUGGGAUAUGACCGGUUUCGCUUUACACCCCCAGAUCGGGCUCGCGCCAGACAUCGACUUGCCUUCUCUCGUGGUGUCGAAGACGGUGGAAGCAGGAAUAGCGAUGCCGUAUUUUAAGGCCAAUGAUUGCCCUAGUUGUAUUGACAUCAUCUUGAUGAGUAAAAGCAUCUUAGUUUCGUUGGCCCCUUUAUUUUCAAGUUCAAAGGGAAAACGAAAAACACGUCAAAGAUGACUCACUCUACUCGAGAAGAUGCAUUUGGCCAAGCUCUAACCAUGCAAUCGUUCGCGGAGAGUCAGUUACGCUGAGGGGCAGCGUAGUGUCGCACAUGGACCAGAUGAAUUCUCCCGUUUUACAUUGCGUCUGGCGAAUCGGUCUUAGCGCUGGCUUAGACCUGACGAAUGCUGACGUCUUCUUAGGUUCCUCUGGACAGCAGUAUGACAUGGUAACUGAACCAACUACAACAAGUACCUCUACAAGUGCAAGUGCAAUCACUCCUUCCACGUCUUCAGGCGGAACAUCUUCCGAUGGAAGUGGAAGUGGAUCACAGUCUUCAGGAGCCACGUUCUUAGGUCAAGUCUCAACAUUCUACGAACUAAAAGUACCCCAAAAACUUCGCUCGAAUGGUGCAAUCGCAUUCCCGAUCUCUAUCAAGACAAACCAGAACGCAACCUCUAUUCUCGAACCUAGCGAAAUACGUUUAGAAGUGUACUGUACGAGUAGUACUAGUACACCAGGCGUUUCCAAUUCAUCACUCUCGGCUACAUCACCCACUAACUUCACAUCAGUCCUCUCCAAUGCCCACUACAUCGAUCGCUUGCAGAAGAGUCUUUUGGUCAAAUCCGAAGGCGUUACCCACUAUGAACGGAAAAACCUGCUUCUAUCGGUAUCGCAAGAAGAUGAUAAUGGGCAUCAAAGUAGCUCCACGACUAACACUUCUGUAGUUGAGAUCCCAGUUACCUGGCCGACCCCAUCUUCAACAUCUGCAAAGAUAGUUCCAGACAGUAAGCGUCUUUCAGUCGCAAUCACUGGAAAUUUACUGUCUUCCAGUAUCACGAAUUUGGAACGGUUAGUGCGCGUGCCCUACGGGUGUGGUGAGCAGAAUUUGAUCUCCUUGGCGCCAAAUGUUAUGGCUACCGCUGAAGCAUGUCGAUGUCUCCUUAGCAUCAUGAUGAUCAUGAUCCUUGGUUCGUCUUUCCCUACUAACUUGUGAAAAGAAAGCUCUAACAGUGUCUACGUCUACAACUACUACGCUGCUAAAGAUAGUGGGCAAUACUUCGCGACCUCGGUUAGUGGUCCGGCAUUGAAAAAACGGGUCACCCAGAAUAUGCGAACUGGGUACCAGAGACAGCUGACGUAUUAAGGCUACAGAAGAACGGUAGAAGUACUACGAGUUAGUAGCAGGUGGUAACACUCUAUUCUUUUAGACUGCUUCUCCUACACCAGCUACGCUAGGUUGUUAGUACAACUAGUGAACAACGUUAAUAUUUCAUUCUUUCUGUCGUGGAAGUGGAUCAGACCAUUCUUGUGACUUGAGAAUAAGUGUUCUUGUGAAAAAGAAAUUCAAAUUCUAUCAUGGUCAGGUUCGGUCAUGACCAAGUUCCUCCUCCUUCCUCAUCAUCUUCAAGGAGGCUCCUCUAAACCCACCGAACAGACGAUGGCGGCUUCUCCGCGUUCGGCAAGCGUGCUGAAGAAGGAAGUCUCUGGCUCACUUCGAUGUCUUUGCGGGUCUUCGCAGAUAUCGCCAAAGGUUCUGACGAUUCUGGAGUGAUCGUCGACUGGCCCCAGCUCGAAAGGAGUGUGCGUUUUUUGCUACAACAACAAGAGCAGAUGGCCUCUCCUGCUGUUGGGAUUAUUCUUACACACUUUCGCGAUCGUGGUCGCGUUUUCAAUAAAGCCAUGAUGUCAGAAACAGCGGCGUCGAGGCUUAGUCUAACGGCUUUCGUCACUGUUAGUCUUGCGGCAGUGUUGAGAGAGCUGGACAAAGGCAGCUCCAGCUCUGCUUCAUCAAGUACUACAACAAGCGAUGCUACUAGGUUGAACUCGCUUCGAACUGAUGUCAAAGCUUGCCUUCUAGCCGCUGGCCAAUGGAUCGCAAGUGAAAGAUCUACUAGUACAAUAGUUUCUGCUUCUACUCCUUCAACCGGAGAUCGAGAUACAAAUGAUAGUGUCUACGCUCGAAUCCUGUCUCUCUACGCUCUUCUACGUGCUCAUGCGGAACUUGUCGCGAACGCCGUAGCGCUGGAAGAACUUCUGCAACUCCGUCAAACUGAUGAAGAUGGUUUUUACUUCUGGGGAGAUGCGCCGAGAGCUACAACCUCUUCAGGCAGUACUGGUGGAGGAGUUACUUCCACACCAAGAUCCCCUAUAAUAGUGUCAUCACAAACGGUGGAAUUGACAUCUUAUGCGGUUGAAAUUUUGCUGUUGUUGAAUGAUGUCGCAUCGGCGUAUCAGGGAGUGAAGUGGUUACUGAAGCAUCGCAGUAGCGCUGGCGGGUUUGUCUCCACCCAGGACACGUUAGUGGCCCUAGAGGCUCUCACUGCUUUUCAAACGGCUGUGGAACAAGGUUUCACUAGUACAAGCGCAGGUGUCUCAUCAACGUCUCAGCAAGACAAGGUGGUUACAAUACAGCAUAAAGUAAAAAUGUUAGGUACAACAACAGCAGGUGCAUCACCAUCAUCUACUUCUCCUCCAUCUCUAGCAUCAUCAAGCACUUCAUCAAGUUCAACAGUAGUAGUUUCGAAGACCUUCACACAUAUGUUAUCUGACCCUGAACUGUACUCCGUCAUACCCAUCUACCAAAACGGAACAUUUUUCGAUGGAGGUGGAGCAGGUUCUAGUAGUGCAACAUCAAUUACUGAUUACACUGAGCAGAUUUCUGUCCAAGUUACCACGCCCAGCUCCUCGUUCUCUCCUCUUGGGUCUUCUUCUUCUUCUCCCUCAAGCGGAAGCGGAGCCUUGUCCUCAAGCACAGGCCUAACCCUUGUCUCCGUUUUACAGGAAUACAAUGUCGCGACGUCCACGUCUAGUAGUGGAGAAGAUGAUUCUCUGCUAUCCAAGUGUUUUGACUUAGUAGUGAAAUGGUUCAACGAAGAUGAGUCAGAGAUUGUUGUAGCUGAUGGUUUAAGUACAAGUACAACUACAACAUCAUCUAGUACGUCAUCUACAGAUACAGGGACCUCCACAAGUAAUGCUAAUGAUCCUGCAACAAGAACAUCUACAACUUCUAGUACACCUGUUCCUUCUUCUAGUUCGACAUCUUCCAGGUCUUUCAAAAUAGCUGUGAGGAUGCAGCGCCGUCGUCCUCUUGGAACACAACAAGAACAAGAAGCAGAAGCGACUUCUUGUGACUCAAUAUGGAAUUCUGGACCUGAAAUGGCCAUGCUUAGCAUCGGUCUCUUCUCUGGAACCGUGGUCGAUACAUCUGCCCAGCAGCAGCUCUUACGGUCGACAGCCAUGCCCAGAGAGAGAAGAAGUUUGGCAGAAUUGCAGGGAGCUUCUCAAGAAAUGAUCGAUCGUGUUGAACAGGACAGGGAUUAUCUUCACAUUUACCUUGCAUCGCUGCCAAGAGGAACGCGACGAGAAGACGUGUUUUUGCAUUCUGGAAGUGAAUUAGGCUCACGAGGAGGAACUGAGAAUCCGUCUAUAUCUAUGGUGGCACAACUUCUGAUUGGGAACGAAGGAAAAUAGGGAAUGUUGUCGUCCCCAAUGGGGGCAAGCGCAUCAUCAGGGGACGACGACAUUCCCUUGUUUGCUCCAUUGGCUCAAUCAGGAGUGGCACCUUCAUUAUAUCUUUCGCCGUAACUGUCCGCGAAGAGUUCUCAGUGCAAAACAGGCAAAAAAGAGACAACCGAUUGUUCCUCUACUACACUCCAGACCAAAAAAAGGAUGUGGUCACGUCCUUUGGAGCAGCGAAUGGAACUUCUUCAUUGUCGUUUAACGACAUAGUGCCUCGUGUUAGUCCUGGUAACGAAAAUGAACAUGGAGACAGUGAUGCAGCUACCUCAUCCGCAUCCAGUUUAAGUUUGACUAGAGGCGGAGGAAGAGGAGGGGGAGGUCAAAAGUCCUUUCUUCUUGUCUACUUCAUGUUGGGAGCAUUGAUGAAAUAUUAUGUUUGAUGCCUUUGUUAUACCAUUAGUACUAUCGUAAAUCAUGUAAAUUUUGCGUGUUAUGUGUGCCUUUGUAGCAUAAGCCAGUAAUAUUGAACAGAGAAACG